AUGGAACGCCGGCGGCUGCAAGCUCGCCAAGACCACGACCUACCGGACGACGUGCUCGCCGACGCCCUCCGUGGGGUCCUGCCGCGCUGGCUCGCCGCGUCGCGGUGCGUCUGUAAGGCCUGGCGCCGCGUCAUCGACGAGCGCCGCCUCCUGCGCACGGACCUGCUCCCGCUCUCGCUCGCCGGCAUCUUCAUCCAGUUUGACUGCCACGCGUUCCCGGAGUUCUUCGCGUGCCCCUCUCGCGCCACGGUCAACACCAAGCUCCACUUCUUGCCGCCCCCGAAGUAUCCCUUUGAUGAGAUACGCCCGGGGUCGAGAUUCGACAACGAGUACUUCGUUCGUGACCACUGCCAUGGCCUCCUCUUGCUCCGCAACUACGUGGUCAACCCUGCCACGCGACGCUGGGAUCCUUUGCCUCCAAUGAGGGACACCUAUUUAUUUUUAUUCAAAGAGUAUCUAGCCUUUGAUCCCACCGUGUCGCCCCACUAUCAGGUGUUCAGAGUCCCCUAUUUGCACGAGGAGAGCAUCUACAAGAGCAUGGUCGCCCGCGGUUCUACCCAGUUAGACCCCUUGGUGGAGGAAUCCGAAUGGCCUCCAUCUACAUGCAUCAUGGAUGUUUUCUCGUCAAGGUCGGGUCGUUGGGAGGAGAGGUCUUUUGCUAGACAAGGUAAUGUUGCAGGGGACAUCGCCGAGGCACGACGCAAUCGCCAUUGCAGAUGGGAAUGGGCCAAAUGUGGAUCCGCCUACUGGCAACAGGCACUUUACGUGCACUGCCAGCCUAAUGUUGUCAUGAGGAUAUCCCUUUCCGAGGACAAGUACCGUGUGAUUGAAGCACCAAUCGACAUGAACGCCAUGACUUACCUAGGAAGAUCAAAAAAUGGUGUGUACUAUGCAUCAUUCAUUAAGGAUGUCUUUCGAGUUUGGAUCCUGGAUGAAUCGUAUGAUCAAAUGAAGUGGGUGAUGAAGGGUGAAUAUGACCUUAAGCGUGUGCGAGCGUCAGAUCAGCACGUUCAUGGUCCAUGGGUCUUAGAAGACAUUAACUAUGAAUUCUUUCGUUCACAACUUCCAGAAGUCAAAAAGGAAGCAAGAGUCGAAGAAGAGGCUGAAUGGAACUCUGACAAUGACGAUGUAGAUGACAAUAUAGAUGCGAUUCAAGGGCGUCGUCUCGGUGGAUAUGAAGUACUUGGAUUUCACCCAUUCAAAGAGAUUCUCUUCUUGAGCAGCUUCAUGGGAGAAGAAUGGGACGCUACGGUACACGCUUAUCAUUUGAAUAGCUCCAGGGUUGAAUGCUUAGGUAACAUGCGGCCAGCGCAAUAUCAUCUUUAUGAAGGCACGGCACCUUGCGAAGAGCGAGAAUACAAAUAUUUUCCGUACACGCCAUGUUGGAUUGGAGAGUUCCAUAGCAACAAGUGCAAUUUAUAA